UAUUUUAGUAACUUCCUAAUUGGUACAUUCCUGUUAGCACAGUUGUAAAUUGUGAUCACGUGAGAUACAUAUUUACUUGUUAUUUCACCUCUGAAAACGGGAUUGUGGUGACGCUGAAGAACGAGCACUGGUGAACAACAGAAGAAUGGCUCCAAGAUGCACCUCUUCAGCCAGCCGACCUGGGUCUCGAGGCGCCUUUUGCGCUGGCUGUUUGGCAGAACUUUCAGCAGUUCGCUCCAGCGCAGUGGAGUUGUGCAUUCCUCGGAUCCUUACAAGGUGCUCCAGCUCGAGACUGGUGCCACUGCGGUUCAGAUCAAGAAGGCAUACUUCAAGUUGGCCAAACAGCAUCAUCCAGAUGUUUCCAAGGAACCGGAUGCUGUCCAGUCCUUCCACAUCAUCCAAAAUGCUUACGAGAAAUUGACAGACCCGAAUUACAGCCCCUACAAUAAUCAUUAUGAUGGUGGCGAUGACGAUGAUGAUGAUGACUACGAUACCUACGAUGAUGACGAUGAAAUCUACACCGAUGAUUUGGGUUCUUUUUACAGUCAAUUCUAUCUGUGUUUUUCUGAUUCAGACGAUUUUUUCUGUUAUUCCAACCUAAACGACUUUGAUUGUUGGGCUGGAUUUAAUGCAGAUUUUGGAAGCGCUGGAUCCAAAUCAAAAUACAAAAAAAAGAAUCAAAAAAAUCAAAAACCCAAGAAAAAAUCCAAGAAGAAAAAACCCAAGCAGAAGAAAAAAACGAAGCGAGAGAGGAAGCUAAUGAGGAAACAAAAGAAGCUACGAAAGAAACAAAGGAAGGCAUAUGAAGCUAAAGAAAAUGAAGCUAAGGCAAAUGCGUUGAAGGAAUAGACGUUCCCCACCUAUCUGUAUAUCAAUCUCUUGUAUAUCAUCUCCUGUAUAUCUAUUUUGUAUCUCUUGUAUCUCCUGUAUCUCCUGUUUAUCAUCUCGUGUAUCUUUCCAACGUCUGCUCGUCAACCACAGCUUCCACAGCCUGUUCCAUCAUCCAGGCUCAGCCUGAAACAGUGUCUGUUCAGACUCCGGAGCAAC